CUCGCCGGCGCCCUCCCCUCGCCGGGGGCUGCGAGUUGCGUUUGGUAAAACCCAACCCUGGAAUAUAUAGAUCACUGGAGCGCAAUGAAGUAGCUUUUGGCGAGGGAGGGAGGGAGGGGGGCCUGGACAGUCACAGAGGCCAGUGCACGGCGGCGGUGGCACCUUCCUUCCCGCAUCCCGGUCGCCCGGCCCGCGAGGAGCCAGCGGCGGCCGCAGGCGCCAGCAGAGCCGAGGCGGCGGAGCAUCGAGCUGAGGCGAGGCGGACCGGCAGGAGCGCGCGGCCGGGGCCACGCAUCUCCACACUUGCACAGCAACUCCCGCGCCUUGCACCCCCCUCGCCCAGAGACCCUGACUGAGGCUCGGAGAGCCUCGGUGAAGCGAGUGGGGUCCAGCUCCGGAGCUCGGCCAGCUCCGUUCUGAACCUCCCGGGCGCUGGUUCCCCGCGGCGGGGUACCCGCUUCUGCGCUCCGGACGCGCCUCCCGGACAGCCGGGUCCCCGCGGCCAGGACAAAGCCAUGAAGCCGGCGCUGCUGGAAGUGAUGAGGAUGAACAGAAUUUGCCGGAUGGUGCUGGCCACUUGCUUGGGAUCCUUUAUCUUGGUCAUCUUCUAUUUCCAAAGUAUGUUGCACCCAGUCAUGCGGAGGAAUCCCUUCGGGAUGGACAUCUGCUGCCGGAAGGGCUCGCGAAGUCCCCUGCAGGAGCUCUACAACCCCAUCCAGCUGGAGCUGUCCAAUACUGCCAUCCUGCACCAGAUGAGACGGGACCAAGUGACAGACACCUGCCGGGCCAACAGCGCCAUGAGCCGAAAGCGUCGGGUGCUGACCCCCAACGACCUGAAGCACCUGGUGGUGGAUGAGGACCACGAGCUCAUCUAUUGCUACGUGCCCAAGGUGGCGUGUACCAACUGGAAGAGACUCAUGAUGGUUCUGAGCGGCCGGGGCAAGUACAGCGAUCCCAUGGAGAUCCCUGCCAACGAGGCCCACGUCUCGGCCAACCUGAAGACCCUCAACCAGUACAGCAUCCCAGAGAUCAACCACCGCUUGAAAAGCUACAUGAAGUUCCUGUUUGUGCGGGAGCCCUUCGAGAGGCUCGUGUCUGCCUACCGCAACAAGUUCACCCAGAAGUACAACACCUCCUUCCACAAGCGCUACGGCACCAAGAUCAUCCGCCGCCAGCGGAAGAACGCCACACAGGAGGCCCUGCGCAAGGGGGACGACGUCAAGUUUGAGGAGUUCGUGGCCUACCUCAUCGACCCCCACACGCAGCGGGAGGAGCCCUUCAAUGAGCACUGGCAGACCGUCUACUCCCUCUGCCACCCUUGCCACAUCCACUACGACCUCGUGGGCAAAUACGAGACGCUGGAGGAGGACUCCAACUACGUGCUGCAGCUGGCCGGAGUGAGCGGCUACCUGAAGUUCCCCACCUAUGCAAAGUCCACCAGAACUACCGACGAGAUGACCACGGAGUUCUUCCAGAACAUCAGCGCCGAGCACCAGACGCAGCUCUAUGAAGUCUACAAACUGGACUUUUUAAUGUUCAAUUACUCAGUGCCAAACUACCUGAAAUUGGAAUAAAGGGGUGUGGGGGGGUGGUUGGGGAGAGAAGGAGAGAAUCCUGCUUUUUAAUUUAAGAUUUUUUAUUUGUCAAAAGAAUUCUAUGGAUACUGGGUUAUUUUGUAAGUUAAUAUGUCUCGGGGGGAAUGCUGCGAGCGGCAUGGCAAGAAUUAUUUAAAUCCUCCACGGGAAAGGACAGCUGUCUGUGCAGGGGAGCGGGGUGGAUCGUCCCUGUUCUUUAGAAGUGGAAACCGCAACACCAUCUCCAAGGUGUCCUUGUGUUCUGGUGAAUUCCACAAACUGUGUGUUCCGUGAAGUCUAAUGAUUCUUAUUUAUAGUAAUUUAAACGUGA